AUGGCGUCAAGCUACAACACUAAGGAAGAGGAUGGACAUCACUCGGGCGCUUCGAACACUGGGGUUGUGAAAAGUAAAAAGCCAGACAACACAGCGUUUAAACAGCAGAGACUACCAGCGUGGCAGCCCAUCCUAACAGCAGGUACUGUGCUGCCCGCUUUCUUCGUUAUCGGACUGAUCUUCAUCCCCAUCAGUAUCGACCUGUUCUCUGCCUUGACGAACCCCAGCAAGGAAUGUGAACCAUACCGUACCAGUGAGGGAGUACCCAUUGCUCCAUGUGGUGCCAUAACUAACAGCCUUUUCAAUGACACACUUGAUCUAUAUCAUAUUGAUAUGAAUGGCACCAAAAACCAAAUUCUUCUGGUAAAGAAGGGCAUUGCGUGGUGGACAGACAAGCAUGUGAAAUUCAGGAAUCCUGGAGGACGCCAACCUCACUGUAACCAAGGCACAACCAAGCCAGUGAACUGGAGGAAGCCAGUGUACGAGCUGGACACAGCAGAUAAUGAAAACAACGGUUUUAUCAAUGAAGACUUCAUUGUGUGGAUGCGCACAGCUGCUUUGCCCACCUUUCACAAGCUCUAUGGCAUCAUCCAGAAGAAGUCAAGCACAACCCCCACUCUACUCAGCGGCCAACAUGUGUUGGACAUCACAUACAAUUACCCUGUGCUCAGCUUUGAUGGUCGCAAGCGGAUGAUCCUGAGCACUAUUUCCUGGCUGGGAGGGAAGAACCCCUUCCUUGGCAUUGCCUACAUCACUGUGGGCUCUAUCUGCUUCUUCCUGGGUGUGGUUCUGCUCAUCAUUCACCACAAAUAUGACACCCACAACAGCAGUGCAGAUAUUCCAAACUAA